GGUUUGUGAAUGUUUACUUAUUUUUCCAUUUAGGUUUGUUAUAGAUUUUGGAUUUGUUCUUCAGCCUUCUCAAGCCUUCUCCAGGCAUUGGAGGUUACUUCAUCCUUGCAUGAAGAUGCAAACUUCAAAGACUUUAAAGCUUUAGUUAAAUGUGAAGAUCCUAAUGCUAAUUUGUAUACUUUUGUUGGAAGUAUGGAAUAUGAAGAACAACAGAAUCCUCUUUCUCCCCAGCAAUUACUCCUCAGAGACUCUAAAUUGCGCAACACAGAAUAUAUAUAUGGGGCUGUUAUCUUUACUGGUCAUGACACAAAGGUCAUGCAGAAUGCAACAGACCCCCCUUCUAAAAGAAGCAAAAUUGAGAGGAAGAUGGAUAGAAUCAUUUACUUCUUAUUUGCAGUUCUAUUCGCAAUUGCUUUUGUUGGAUCAAUCUACUUUGGAAUUGUGACUGAAAAGGAUCUAGAUGACAGACAUAACAGGUGGUAUCUACAACCUGAAAAUUCAGACAUUUUCUUUGAUCCCAGAAGAGCUCCUGCUGCUGCCAUGUUCCAUUUUCUGACUGCUGUGAUGUUGUAUAGCUACUUGAUUCCUAUCUCCUUAUAUGUGUCAAUUGAAAUCGUUAAAGUUCUUCAGAGUAUCUUCAUUAAUAAGGAUAUUAAUAUGUACUAUGAAGAAACUGAUAAACCAGCACAUGCCCGCACCUCAAAUCUUACCGAGGAACUCGGCCAGGUUGACACAAUACUUUCUGAUAAAACUGGCACACUGACUUGUAAUUCAAUGGAGUUUGUCAAGUGGCUCACGAGGAAUGGAAAGAAACAUAUUCUAUUUGAUCUCUAAGUCUGUACAUAGCAAUCCUGGGUGGG